AUGAGAACGUUAAAGAAAACAGCUAGAACUGCCAAAGUUGAAGGCAGGUCUUGGAAACAAAACUUGUUUACCUUCCUCAGAAACUACCGAGCUACGCCCCAUAGUGUAACCCACCAGGCUCCUGCAACCUUGCUAUUCAAUCGUGCCAUAAAUGUCAAGUUACCCCAGUCACAAACUGUAGCAUCAGCUGACCCAAACCAUCAACAAGCACUUGAUGCAUCAUGUAAGUCAAGACAAAAGAACAAGGUCCACUUUGACAAACGAAACAAAGCCAAAUCCUCUGAAUUCAAAGUCGGUGAUGCAGUCCUGCUGAGAAACUCAAAGAAAGGUAAAUUGCAGACCCCUUAUGAACAUCAGAAAUACCAAAUUGUUAAGAAGAAAGCUAGAUCGAUGAUUACAGCGUCAAAUGACAAUCGCCAAGUCACUCGGAACUCGUCACAUUUUAAAAAGUUUAAAGAAAAGAAAGGUGAAACAGAUAACCCAGCAGAUAAAGAAGAACAGCCGAGCAAGCAGAACACCAAUGAACGCCCGAAAAGGAAAACAAAACCGGCAGCCUACUUUGGCUAUAAACAGUCAGAUCAGUAA